AUUUGUCCUAAUCAGAAUUAUAAGAUUCGUGAAUGGUGUUACUUCAGGAAUUCAAAACAUGUUACAAACAUACGUACAUGCCUUUGUAAGCAUAUUCUAUAUAUGUACAAACAUAUAUACCGCCCCUACGAGUAUUUCUUUUGCGAAAUAUACCGUUAUGUACUUUCCUUGCUGAACAAUUACAUAUACAUGUGUACAUACGUUUGCAGGCAGGUGUAUAAAUAUUGGAAGUGUACAUCCUGGAGCUGCACAAUUAUUUGCAGCUGCAAAUCAUCAUUAGGUAGAAUAGAAUAGAAAAGUACAUAUGUACAUACAAAUUUCUUCAUCCUUGUGUCAAUAACAAAUCGAUUGUUCUGAAACUGAUUACACAUUUUCUACAUACAUAUAAAUUCGAAGUUGUUUUUUUUAGUUUUUUUUUAAGCAUACAAAUUCCUGUGAAAAAUAGGAUAAUAAAAUUCUUUUUCAGUUAUUUUUUUGCCCUUGGAUACGAGAAAAUAUAGUGAAAAUUAAAAUGAACAGCAAUACAGAUCUGCAUAAUUCAGCUGAUCAGGACUACUCAGAAUUUCUCAGCGAGUAUUUACUGCAAAGCAAUUCCCAAAGUAUUGAACCUGAAGCCAGUUACGAAGAUGGAGAGAUGGAAGCAGAGUGGUUGGUUUCCGCUGGUUAUCCAGAAUUGACAAAACCCUUUAAACAAGGGUUAGAGGUUUCUAAAACUGACUUGGAUCCCAUACUUACUACUUUAUCUAAGCCACAUGCUGAAGCGAUUGUACAACUGGUAAGGACUUUAAACAAAACGGUCCGGGGGCGCACAAAAAGCCGACCAAAACGAAAACCUGAUAUACGAGAUGUAUUUCGCGAAUUUGAUGAACGAAGUACAGGAACACGGUCACGAAGUGCCACUCCAGAUUCCCUGGACUCUUUACAAAUUGAUGAAGCUUGGACGAACAAUUCUUUACCGAAUUUUGUCAAUAAUUAUGAAAAAUAUGGUGAAACUGGCAAUCGAUGUGUAGAACAAUCAAAAGAAAUGUAUUUAAAACCAACCCUAAGACGAACCCCUAGCGCCCCGCCUAAAAGCGGCACCGGUGCAGAUAUAUUUCGUGGUUCGCAUGUGCGAUGUGAUAUACCUUUGUACUCGGCGCAUGGGGUAGAAUUGCUUGGAUAUUCUCGGAUUGGCACCAUACAAUUGCCACGAAACCGAUCCGGCUCUGAUCCCUUUUGUUCUAUUGGCCGAUCGAAGGAUGGUCAAAGUGAAAACGAUACACCAUCACAAAAGAAAACAUUGAGUGAAGUGCUGUCAGCUUCAGAGAAUGAAUGCAUUAGCCUUUUUCCUAUUCCCUACAAUGUCCUGAGCUUUGAAAGUAUUUGUCGAGAUUCCUCUAGUCCUGAUAGCUGCGAAGUACUAGAUAAUUGUGAUACCCCUUCAACGCAAUUCACAGAUAUUGCAUCAAUAAGCGAAAUUGGCAUGAAACGUUUACAGACAAUACUUUGGUUAGAACUAGCCACAAUAUUUGAUCGCAACCAAGUUUCUUUAGAUAAAAGAAAGCCUUUUAAGCGUCGUCGCAAAGAAGAAGGAAAUCUUUUUGGGGUAUCUAUAAACGCUCUUAUACGUCGGGAUCAGCAAGUUACUGGCACUGACUCAUCUUUAGUACCACUAUUUUUGGAAAAUCUAAUUGGGGAACUUCUGCGACGUGGCUCUAGAGAAGAAGGAUUACUUCGAAUAGGUGGUCAUAAGCAAAAGACUGAAUUACUUUAUAAUGAAUUAGAAUCUACAUUUUAUCAAAAUCCGGAAAACCUAACUAACCUUUUUUGCACAGCUACUGUUCACGAACUUAGUUCGUUGCUAAAACGAUGGCUGCGGGAGCUUCCCCAACCUUUACUCACUAAUGAGCUUAUACAACUGUUUUAUCAAUGUCACACACUUCCAUCAAUGGAUAAUAUGAAUGCACUAUCGAUUUUAUGUCACCUGCUUCCACCCGAAAAUAGAAACACAUUACGUUCUUUAUUAAGCUUUUUUAAUUAUAUCAUUAAUCUAAAGGAUAUAAACAAAAUGAAUGUUCAGAACGUAGCAACAAUAAUUGCACCAUCACUAUUCCCACCACGGUAUAUACACCCGAGUGACAAAAACAGCAUUGCAGAACAAUUACGAAUGGCCGCACAGUGUUGUCGUUUAACGAAUAUUUUAAUCUUGCGUGGCGAAAGACUUUUCCAAGUACCAAACGAUUUAAUUAUGGAAUCACAGAAAACAAUGAUGGGUAAGAAAGGAUGGCACCGGCAUCGGAAUUUAAAUAAUAUUACUGCAAACCCAAGUGGGAAGGCGAGCAAUGUUGGCGUCGGACACGACUCUACAGUUAUAAAUAAAUACUCAACCAAUUUAGAGCAUUUACAUCCAUUUGUUAUUUGAACAAUCGGUUGCUAAUGGUGCUUAAGUUGUAUUUUAUGUUGAUUAUAUAUUACGUAUUUUUUAAAGAAAAUAUAUUGAAUAACCUUUAUAAAUUGAAAUUAUAUUUAAAAUUCAUACUAUGUCAGGCAUUAAUUAUACCCGUUGCUCGUAGAUGUAAGGAAGCGUUUCCGACCACAUAAAGUCUUGAUCAGCCGUCUAAACGACAUAAAGUCUUGAUAACGCAGCGCAAGUUUGCUUCCUGUUAUAGCCACACC